GUAAUUGUAGUCAAAUCUAGCCAAAAAAGCUGACUUAAUAUGCAAAUAAAAUGGCAUGCAGUUGCCAGUUGGUGAAACAAACAAUCCUUUGACGUUGUAAACAGAAAUCUUCAAAUCAAAAUCAAAUAAUCCCAAAAAGUCACAAUACACGGUUGUUGAGAAUUUUGUCUUUUUUCCCAAACAAGGGAACAAACAACCAAACGCGCGUUUACUAAUUCUAGCUUCUGCUUUUUCUUAUACACCUUUUCUUCUCCUCAUCAUAAAACCCCAAAAAUCAAAAUCUCAAAAAAUUCAAAAAACAAAUUCAACCCAACAUUCUCCUACCCUUUUUAAUUCGUGGGCUGUCAUUAUUUUUCCUUGUUUCAUUCUCAAUUUCAUAAAAAUCAUACCUUUGAAUUCAUUCUUUGUGUCGUGUUCUUGACAAAGAUGUGUCCUUUAAGGUUUAUUUUGGUGUUCUUCUCUGCGGUUCUGGCUGGUUACUAUGCAUGGAAAACGGUUUUUUCCUCACCAAAGAUUGAUUUGGCUUCUGAUGAUUCAAUUGAGGAAGAAAAAUCAUCUUCCAAGAAAGAACAAUUGGGUUUCAUAAAGAUGAUUCAAAAUGGAUUUUGGGUUUUUGUUGACAUGGCUAGUGGAAGGUAUUUAUGGAGAAAUUUGAGGCAAACAAACAAGGAUGUUGAAUUGAAGAGCUCUUAGAAUUAAGAACUCUAUGAUUAUGUAAUUUCUUGUGUUCCCACUUUAUAUUCUUCAUUGUUUGUGGGUUCAAGAAUAAUGUUUGGUUGGUACAUUGAAAGAACUCUCAAUGUACAAGUAAUUGUUUUGCAUUUUGUUCAUGUUUGUUUUUAAAGCCUUAUUGUCUCAUUACUAUUUAGAUCAA